AUUUUGACCGACAGCUCACAUCCAAAGUGGCCACAGCUGCCUCUCCUGACUAUACCAUGCCGGAUACCAUGCCAUCCUCGGCCCAAACGCCAGAAAUAAGCAACAGGAGUCCCAAUGAUCUCACACGCCCCUCGAAGGCCACUGUCACGUGGACAAUGGCCUCGCUCUGCCUAUCCGUCUUGCUAUCGGCUCUCGACCUCACCAUCGUCACUACCGCAAUGCCAUCCAUCGUUGGCACCUUCCAAGCCGCCGCCGGAUACACAUGGGUUGGAGGUGCCUACACGCUCGCCAACGCCGCCGUCACCCCCGUGUGGGGCACUGUCGCCGACAUCUGGGGCCGCAAACCGGUCAUCCUGAUGGCCAUCGCCGUCUUUUUGGUGGGAAGUCUGCUGUGCGCCCUGGCCCAUACCAUGAACGUCCUGCUCGUCGGACGCGUAAUCCAGGGCCUAGGCGGGUCCGGGAUCGGGAUCAUGGUGAAUAUCAUCAUCAGCGAUCUCUUUUCCUUACGGGACCGAGGCCUGUAUCUUGCCAUCACUUCCUUGGUCUGGGCCGUUGGAAGUGCGAUCGGCCCUGUUCUGGGCGGGGUGUUCGCGACCAAGCUUAGUUGGCGGUGGUGCUUCUGGAUCAAUUUACCCGUGGGAGUCAUCUCCUUUGCCGUCCUACUCCUUUGCCUCAAAGUCCCAAGCCCAAAGACGCCAAUGGCAGCCGGACUGAAAGCCAUCGACUGGGCAGGGAUCCUCCUGAUGGUGGGAGGGGCACUCAUGAUCCUCCUGGCACUCGACCUCGGCGACAUAGUCUACACCUGGUCCUCCGCCACAGUACUCUGCCUGCUCGUCUUCGGGGUCCUAUCCAUGGGCCUCUUCGCCGUCAACGAAUACAAGAUCGCGCGCAACCCGGUGAUUCCGUUCCGGCUCUUCUCCUCGCCCACGAAAGCAGCACCCUACGUAGUCUUCGCCUGCAACAACUACGUCUUCAUCGGCCUAGCCUACUACCUGCCCCUCUACGCACAAGCCGUCCUCGGCGCCAGCGCACUCACCUCGGGACUCUACCUCCUCCCACUGAUCGUCUCGUGCGCCCUCGCCGCCGCCGCCGCCGGCCUCUACAUGCAGCAAUCCGGCCGCUACCGCCCGGUGAUGUACAUCGCGCAGGUCCUCCUCCUGCUGGGCACGGGCCUGCUGAUCGGCCUGCACUUCGAGACCGCACUCGCCCGCCUCCUCAUCUUCCAGACCCUGGCCGGCAUCGGCGUGGGGAUGAACCUCGAUCCGCCCAUCCUCGCGGCGCAGGCCGCCACCACCGUGCGCGACACCGCCGCCGUGACCGCGACGAUGAGCUUCGUGCGCUCGCUGGCGACCGCCGUCGCCGUCGUCGUCGGCGGGGUGGUCUUCCAGAACGAGAUGACCGCCGCGCAGGGGGCGCUGGUCGCGCAGCUGGGCGGCGCGCUGGCAAGCGGGUUUGACGGCGACCUCGCCGCCUCGAACGUCGAGCAGAUCGCCCGUCUGCCGGCGCCGCAGCGGCUGCUUGUCCGCAGGACAUACUUCCAGGCCCUCCGUAUGGUCUGGGUCAUGUAUGUCGCCUUCGCCGGGCUCGCGUCCCUGCUCACCCUGUUGAUUCGUGCCCAUACGCUCCGGCGGGAGAACGAGGGGCCCGUGUUGGGGGUCGAUCGCGCACGGCCGGACGGCGCGCCGGCUGAGCCUGGGAAUGAGAUGGAUUCCGUGGGGAGAUCGGAGAAUGUCUCCGGUGGGGAUUGACUGGCUUGGCGAAGUUCCGGUCGCUCGGUUGCAUUGGGGCGAGGGGCUUCCGUACCGCGAUAGCGACCAGGCAGGGCAUAACUCCCACCGAGGGAGGCCGAUAAGCAUCCCCGCUGCCUCUUUUGUAUUCAAAGACUGUGAAAUAUACUUGCUCGACAUAUCACGCACCAUCGCACCCGUAUUCCUUAUCCUUGAGACACAUCCAGAGAUAAGAUAAUGGGUAUUCAUGGAUUUCAACCCCCAACAUCCCACAAACCACCUCCAGUUACUCCACACCCCACAUCCAUACCCCUACCCCAACGUCAGAUAAAUACAACCACCAGCAGCAGCAGCAGCAGCAGCAGCAGCAGCGGCUAAAGCUCCACACUCCAAAUCCCCAGUCCCAAU